AUGUUGUCUGCUGUCUCUGUUGAUGGGAACAAUUGCUUGUUUGCCCUUGCAUUAGCUAUUGUUGAAGUAGAGAACACAGCAACUUGGGAGUUUUUUCUGUACAAUCUCACUGAUGCACUGCAGGGUUCUAUGGAUUUCAUGAACCUAACAUUUAUGACAGACAAGCUAAAGGGUCUUAUACAUGCUAUCAGCAGUAUAUUUCCAGCACAAGCAAGCUCUGCAUGGGUUUAUGAGAGAGCAAUUGAAAAGAUGAAAGACACUAAUGUAGAAGCACAUGAUUGGUUGCUUAGGAAUCCCCCUAGUACAUGGUCCAGACAUGCUUUUGACACUGGGGCAAAAUGUGAUCAUGUUACUAAUAACAUGAUAGAGUCUUUCAACAGUUGGAUAGGGCCAAUGAGAAACAAGACUAUUCUAAGCCUAAUUGAUGAUAUUAGGGAAAAUUUGAUGAUUAGACUAUGGAAAAAGUAUAUCUUUGCUUUCUCUGUUGAAGGGAAGGUAACACCAUCUGUGAAGAAGAAGCUGAAAUUGAUUGUGAGUGAUGCAAGGUUUUGUCACGCCCAAUUUGCUGGAGAAAAUCAGUAUGAAGUCACCGAUGGAAGUACAAGAUUUACAGUCAAUUUAAGCACUCAACAUUGUGAUUGUGGAGUUUGGAGGAUUUCAGGAAUCCCUUAUAAGCAUGCAGCAGCAUGCAUUCGAGAGCAGAGGAGAGAACCAGAAGAUUUCUGUGACUUCUAUUACAGUGUAGAUAAACUCCAGCUUGCAUACAGGGAGAUAAUUUUAUCUAUGCCAGAUCUGAAACAGUUCACAGUUAAUACAUCUAUGCUAAAUGGUGUUCUCCAACCUCCUAAAUUGAAGAGGCAGCCAGGUAGACCUCGAAGAAACAGGAGACGGGAACCGGGUGAGCCUGACCGUACAGAGUUUAGGAGAAAAAAUCAGUCUGUUAGAUGUGGUCAUUGCAAAUAA